CUGGCAGACAGGCUGAUGACAUCGUCAGCUGGCUGAAGAAACGCACAGGCCCAGCCGUCACCACUCUAGGUGGAGUCACCGAGGCAGAAUCUCUGAUCGCUGACAAUGAGGUGGCAGUCAUUGGAUUCUUUAAGGAUGCUGAAUCUGAUGGUGCCAAGGCCUAUGAAAAAGCAGCUGAAGCCACAGACGACAUUCCCUUCGCCAUUACCGCAGACGAUGCCAUCUUCUCCAAGUUUGAGGUGUCCAAGGACAGCGUUGUCCUCUUCAAGAAGGUGAAUCAAAGUUCUUAAGUUUACUUACUCACU